AUGGCUUCUGCUGGCGCUGGACUGUCGAAGCGUGGUGCGUCGAAUGUUGAUGCGAUCAUGCCUGGUAUCCGCGCUGCCUUGCUGGAGCGCACUCGACCGACUGUACCGCGCAUUGAUCUAUCGACUGCCGAGAACUGGUUGUUGCGAAAUGAGGUCAUUGAGUUGACCAAAGAUGCCAUACGAGAUGGGCUGAAGCCUCAUCACCUGUCAUACCCGAAUGAGUUCGCUGGAGAUGCCGACUUGAUUAAGGCUCUGGCAGCAUUCGUCAAUGAAUACUUCCAUCCCCAUAUCCCGGUAGAGCCAGACCAUAUCGCAACAGCGCCUGGUGCGGCGACAUGCUUGAAUACUUUCCUGUACAAUCUCUGUGAGCCUGGGGAAGGCAUUCUCGUCCCUGCGCCCUUCUGGAAUGGCUUUGACUGGCUCUUCACGGCCCGAUCAUCAGCCGUGCCGGUGAUGGUUCAUGUCGAAAGAAGUGCAGACACUCUGACGGCGAAGUUGAUUCCAGCACUGGAAAAGGCUUACGAAGAGUCUAAAAUUCCGAUCCGGGGUCUUCUACUCACAAAUCCACAGAAUCCGUACGGGCAAUGCUAUCCCCGGUCCGUCAUGGAGGAUUGUAUUCGCUUCUGUCACUCCAAAGGCAUUCAUUACAUCUCCGACGAGGUGUACGCGCUAUCCAAUUUUGAGAAUCCCGAGCUUCCAGAUGCACCACCAUUCGUCUCUGCGUUACAAAUUGAUGUCAAAGGAAUUGGUUGUGAUCUUUCUCGAGUGCAUACAUUCUGGAGUACCAGCAAGGACUUUGGCUCCAGUGGCUUCCGUGUGGGAUGUAGCAUCACACAGGCCAACGAGGCAAUGCACGUCGCACUAGCUCUCGCGUCCAACACUGAAUCAUCCAGUCUCAGUGCGGUCGCAUCGACAGCCCUCCUCACAUCUCCUCGACUCCCAGAGCUUCUCCAAUUGAAUGCACAAAGACUGCAGGAAGCAUAUUGUCUUAUGACCAACUUCCUGAAAAAGCAUCAGAUUGAAUAUAUCCCCGCAAAUUCUGCCCCCUUCCUCUUUGCCCGUGUGGCCCCACAGGCUCAGACCUGGGAGGACGAGAAAGCCGUAAUCGCCCAACUGAAGGAAGCCGGUGUUAAUGUCAGUGGAGGCAAGGCGUAUCACGUAAAUGAAGAUCAGAAAGGUUGGGCGCGGUUAACAUUUGCGCUGGAAACAUCCCGGGCAGAGGAAGCAAUCAAGCGCAUGGAAACGGUUCUAGGGAAGCAGUAA